AUCCAUGGGGGCGGGGGUGCUCAACAAUUGAAAAAGGAAGGAUGAAAGGGAUAAUCUGUUAAGCCGUAUUCCAUCACAACAACUUUUCUCUGAUCCUGACCAUAUUGUAGUGUGUUUUCUUUUUUUCAGGAGAACUCAAACAAAAGUGAAGCAGAUGGGUUCUUAAUGAGACUGUGGAGGACACAAUGGCCUUUGGGGAGGUUUGAUGGAAAGCAUUUUAAUGCCAUCUUUCACGUGUGCCAAUUUUUACAUGCAUUUUGUAUUUGGACAAUUACUUUUCCUGUGUAUGGUGUUGACUGGUGUAGUUCAUUGUUGAAGUGAGAGGCUUACAGUAUCACUUCAUUGGGUACAACUGCACAAUCUAGGUGCAGUGCUUUAUCAGAUUUGAAUCACACUUUAAUACUUUUUAUUUCUAUCACACUGAGAGCUGCUUCUAAUAUUUUGUCCAUCUCAUGUAGCUUUAUAAGAAGGGAAUCUAAAUAUUAGGAACACCAAACUACUACAGUAUGAUGCAAUCUACCGUGACAGUAAUGAACUAAUAAUAACAUUGUUACUAUGCUGCUGUGUAAAGCAAAAAACAAGCAUAACUAGUUAUCCACUGGUUAUCCGAAUAUAAAACAAAGAGAGUGCCGAAAGGACUGGAAGAAGAAGGAAGAAGUUGUGUUCGGUUGUUAAUUAAAAAAAAAAAAAAGGGAAACAUAAAAUAUAUUUGACAUUUAAUUGUUAUUUUUACAUCUAAAGUAUCCUGGUAACCUCCUGGUAAUCAACUCUAGAUUUAAAAUACCGGCUAUGCCUGCAUCACUGAAUGUUUUGGACUUGAAUCUUUUUUACAAUGUAAAAAAGAAAAAGAAAAUAACCACCUCAACCCUUGUCAUUUUCUUGAGUAAUUUUUAGCUACAAUAUACCAAUUCAACAAAUAAAAACAUCGCUUUAAUCAUAAUUUGGCCAUCAGUCAUUGAGGCUUAUAUGAAUGUACAGUACCAACACCUGUAGGAUGCACCAUGACAUACAUUUUUGACAACCGUGCAUUUCUAGUUGUACUUGGUUUUGUGUAUCACAGCAGUACGGCAUAGCAAAGCAAUGGUGUAGAACCGCACUCCAUCAUACUGAGAGCUGCUUGUAAUAUUUUGGUUACCUUGUUCAGCGACAUGAGAGGGGACAAAAUAUUAGACACACCUCUCAGUGUGAUGUAGUGCAGUAAACUACAACCGCAGGAAUAAACAUUGUUAAAUUGAUGUCUAUCUGACUGUGUCAGUCAUAAAUACGCAUUAUUUUGGAAUCUAUCUUGUAAGUGUACCUAAUGUUGUGCCAUGAAUUGAUGAAGAGUCAGGGGUGUUGGCACAGCAACAGAUGCUGUGUGGAUUGUCCUUGCCACUGUGCCCAAACAUUGUAGUAGUGACGUUAGUAAACAAUAUAUGAAUGUUGGAGGAGUAUGUAUUCAUUGCCCUAUAGAGAGAUGAGUCAAAAUUGUAUUUGGUCAAUCUUUUUUUCCCCAUUGUUUCUACUUAGUGACAUUGUGUGAGUAACGGUGGGAGUGUCAAAAUACUAUCAUGUGCUUCCUUUGUUCACGCAAAAAAUAAAAGUGUAGUUCAUUCUUGUGGAUUUGUUUUAGGGAGAGAAAGUGGUGAUGACUUGAGAAUGAGCAUGUAUGCUGCUGUCAGGAGGCCCAUUUAAAGGAUGCACAGUGGGAGUGAAACAGUGCAGCCUCAGUGUGCAGGAAUCAGGAGAAUGGUAUUCGUCUGCCCACAACUCCCACCAUGCCUUUCCUCGCCUCAUUUGUCUUGUUUACUCACUCGGUCUGACAGCAACAACAAGGGAGGAGACACGAGCAAAGCCUCCAUGUGCAGGUUAGUCACGUAUGUCUUCCGAUUUUUUCCUGCAACAUUUAGUAUAGUAGUAACAUUAGUACGAAGUAACGUUUUAGAGUAGUGACUGAAAUAAUGUCCUCUUGACUUCAGCAGCAGAGUGAAAGAAACACUUCCUAGUGCUGUUGCAAUAUGAAGCACAUCUAAAUCAUGUGUAUGUACAGUGUAUACAUUUUUGAAAAUGUGUGUAGAACUUUUUUCGAAAGUAAUUUGCCAACUUUUAGACUUUUAUUGUGCAUAUAUAUGUUUGUGCUCUGGAGUGCCUGCGACAGUCCAGUGGGAUAGAUACAUUGUGUCCAUCUAACAAUUUUUGUACAACUUAUGUGUUUUUGUUUCGUUAGAAGAUUAUUAUUAAACACUGAACAUUUCAAGGUUUAUUUUGAGCAUUUUAAAAUCAUUUGCAAGCAUAGUGAAAAUCCAAAGACAAAAAAAGCAAAGGAAAAUAUCAUUUAUGAGGUGGAUCAGAAUGCACAAAGAUGGAACGGAUGUUCCUUCAACAAAGCAACAGAUUGCCAGCUUCCUACAAUCAAAGGAAGCGACUGUAGAUAUGAACACCAUCGCUGUUUGCAUCCCACUAUAUGGCAGAAACAACACCACACCCAUCAUCAUUAAGUUCAUCAACAGGGAAUUUAAAACUGCACUUCUGAAAUAGAAAGAAGAUGAUAGGUUCCAGCGUCUACAGGAAUGAGCCUCUGACUAAACGCAAUGUUGACAUCGCCACGAAAGCACGAGACUUGAGGAAGCAGGGAAAGAUACAAGGCACUUGGAGCACCAACGGCAAAAUCUACAUCAAGCAAAAUGGAGGACCAGUAUAAGCAAGAGUGCUUGUUGUCAAAAAAUAUCACUGAUCUGAAUACAUACUAAAGAACACCGUGACAACAAGGGAAAUGGAGGAUACAAACCACAAGAAAGAGCCAUGCAGCUAGAAGGAUUACAUACAAAAACCUUUGACUUUGAUAUCAUCGUUGCAAGGGCCUGCUCAACAAGAAGUUCUAGAAUUAGGAACCCAUGGAUCUACAUUCAAUGACACUCAUAGUACAACACGAAAGAUGGUAGGAAGUGGAUUUGGACAUUAACAAGGGAAAAGGAAGAACCUUUUUCUUAGUUUAGUUUGUUUUUUGUUAAAAAAAAAUAGUAAUGAUAAUAGUUAUGUAAUAAGGAUGAGGGGGUAAGGUUAAAUAAGCUGUGCUUCUUCUUACUCCUUUUCGGACAUGUGGAAUUGUGAAUUGUAACAUAAAGCAUUCAAUGUAAACUACAGGAUAUGCAUGUCCGAAAUAAAUUAAACCACAACCAUAACCACUAUUCCUCUGCUUUUCAUGCCCAGAUUUGUGAUCUAAUGUGGACAUGAUCCCACCAGAGACGCCAGCAGCCCAUUGAGCCCACCGAUAAAAGAUUUCACUCUCAUUUACAGUAUGUACUGUAUUCCCAGCUCCAGAAUAUAGAGGGAUGUUGUUUAGUAUGGUGGUGGUAUUAAGGGCUUGCGUGUUUGCAUGUACAUCAAUGGGGCAGAUUGGCACAGCAUGUGCGUACAGAUUAUAGUGUGCUGGUCUGGAAGUCCAGAGCCAUAUUUGUGUCCCAGUCCACCCCUCAUCCCAACAGAUAUCAACUUUGCACUAACAUUUCUCAUUCAACGUGUCCGAAAAGAAGUAGGAAGAAGCAGAGCUUGUCUGAUCCUACCCCUGUCUCCUCAGUCACUGAUACACACUCAACAAAAAUAUAAAUGCAAAACAAUUAUUAAUGCAACACCUUCCCUGAGCUGAACUCAAAGAUCUAAAACGUUUCCUACGUACACAAAAGGCCUAUUUCUCCCAAAAAUUGGUCACAAAUAUGUGUUACUUACUCUGGAUUGGCGUAUGUGACAGCGUAGUCCAGUUCCUGCCAAUAUCCAACAACUUUGCACAGCCGUUGAAGAGAAACGGACCAACACUCCACAGGCCACAAUCAACAACAAGAUCAACUCAAUGCAAAGGACCCCCUUGUGACCUCCCUAACCCAAUACCAUAAAACCGCAAAUCUUGGAGUGGCCUUUUAUUGUGGCCAGUCUAGACAUGCCACACCUGUGAGGAGGAUGGAUUAUCUCCACUGACAUAGAUUUAGAGAGAUUUGACAGCGGUAGGUCGUUUGUGCACAUACAAAAAGUUAAAUAAAAGAUGGGAGCAAAAAAACAAAAAUGUCGUGUUCGUAUUUUUGAGUGUGUAUUAUUCACUGACCGUGUUCAACAUGAGUCAAGUUACCAAUUUGCAAUAAUAAGAGAAGGACAAGGAUGUGUAGUAGUAACUCAGAUAUGGUAACACCAGAGAAUUUGCUUCCCCCUCCCCAUUUUUAUUGGUAAUAUUCCCUUUUUGUGUACAUUUUUUUGUAUACUGACACUUUUACAGGAGGAUCUGAACACAUAGAAAAUGAACCAUCAUGCUUCUUUCUUUUCUUUCUUCAUCAGGUUUCAUUCCAUCUCGUUUCUCCAACACAAGAAGAAAAAUGAGUGUUUUUGACCGUCUGUCACCUCUAAUCUCUCGGGUCUCAUCAAACUCUAAACAGCCAAAAGAUCCUCCUCAUCUUCUGUCCUCUCGUUUGUCUUCCCGCAUCGGCCUGUCGUCACCUGUCAUGAAAAAGAAAGUGAUUCACAUCCCUUCAUUCACGCUUGAUGAGAGAAAUCCUGAAAAACUGCCAACUUGUGACAGCUACAGAUCCUUUGGACCUGUUUGUUCCGUCCACGUCAAACAAAGUCAGCACCUUCAGAAGAAUGAAGGAGAAUGCACUGUAAAACAUCCUGCAAAGUCCUCCAUUAUUUUUUCUACUGCUGAGACAAACACAUCUCCCUCCGACCAUUGUGACUUAAAGCCGAGCCAUUCUCCUUUUGCAUUUAUGGUCAAGACUGCGGCCAAACCAGGCGUGAUGUUCCCAUCACCCAGACGGAAUGCAUCUCCAACUUCUCUGGAGGCGAGUUUGCGGCAGCCCGUUUCAGAAGACAUUAAAGCCGAUAGGCUUGAACAAGAAGCUUUAUGUCUAUUUAAGACUGCAGAUAGUACUGUUAUCACCAAAGUAAAGCCAAGUAUGCAACAACGAGGGAGGAUAGGUUCUUCUUCUGCAUAUGAGAAAAUGCACUCUGAGAACACAACAGCUUGGCGAAUGAUUCACGAAAAUUCUGCAGCGUAUCGCUCGCUCCAGCAAACCAGGAGAAGGCGCUUCAGCGAUGAAACGAGGGACGAUCCCACAAUCCUACAAAUCAGGAGGCAUUCGAGAGAACAUGCUCGACGGACGAUACCGGAGUUUUCAUCAAAAAACCCUCAGUCGAACACAAGUACAUCAGUGAAUACUGAGCAAAUAUUCUGUUCAAAGGCUCGGAUGGAUGUCGAGGAUAAAGUGAGCCAGUCUUGCCGUGUUUGGAAGGAUCACAGUUGUCAAUCAAGAGGCAAUGAUAGGAUCGAGGAGGCCGCUGGGUGGACGUACAGAGGGAACCCAUAUAAGACCUGUCUGGUGCACCCGGUGCAACACACUGCUUUAAAAUCUGCCAUCUUGCCUUCAAAUGUUAUGAGCCUAGAUGACCCAGGCCUUCUGGAAACUGCCCCAAAACUGCAAGAAUAUCCCUUCCGCUUUCCUAAGGAGGUGUUUGACCAGCCUGCUGGACCACCACGCACUACAAAGAGUCUUCCAGAGGAGGAUCCCUAUUAUUACAUAACCGCGGACUACCACGAUUCAGAUUAUGAGGACAUGUCAGAUAUUGUUCCUCCAGAAGUGAGACCCAAACCGGCUGUCCCUGCCAAGCCCCCCAAUGUGGGCGCUCCUUCCCCCUCAAGCCCCUUCCCACCCCAGGUGCCGGGCGUUGGAGGAGGGGGUGUAUCAGCUCCGCCUCCCAGUGCCAUCCCCGUACCCAUUGGGAGUCACGGACCGAGCCACGGAGGAACUCAUGGUGUGGGUCACGCCAUGGGUCAAGGAGGGGCUCACAUAGGAGGACACAGUGGUGGUCAGAGUCACAACACCUCCAACAGCACCAGCGGGGGGUCCACACUGCUGGGGUACAUCGGUAUUGACACCAUCAUUGAGCAGAUGAGGAAGAAGACCAUGAAGACUGGCUUUGACUUCAACGUCAUGGUUGUCGGUCACAGUGGCCUCGGGAAGUCGACUCUGGUGAACACCUUGUUCAAGUCCCAGGUGAGCAGGAGGAAUGCAGGGUGGGGCCGCGAUGAGAAGAUCCCUAAGACGGUGGAGAUCAAAUCAGUGUCUCACGUUAUCGAAGAGGGCGGCGUCAAAAUGAAGCUGACUGUUGUUGACACUCCAGGCUUUGGAGACCAAAUCAAUAACGACAAUUGCUGGGAGCCUAUUUCCAAGUACAUCAAUGAGCAGUAUGAUAAGUUCCUUAAAGAGGAGGUCAACAUCACCAGAAAGAAGCGCAUCCCUGACACCAGAGUGCACUGCUGCCUGUACUUCAUUUCCCCCACAGGACACUCACUGCGGCAGCUAGAUGUGGAGUUCAUGAAGCGACUGAAUCACUCUGUCAACAUCAUUCCUAUCAUUGCCAAGGCCGACACAAUGACCCCUGAGGAGAGACAGGAGUUCAAACAGCGGGUGAAGAAGGAGCUGGAGAUGAACGGAGUUGAGUUUUACCCUCAGAAAGAGUUUGAUGAAGACAUGGAGGACAAGAGUGACAAUGACAAAAUUAGAGAGGCCAUGCCCUUUGCUGUGGUGGGAAGCGACAAAGAAUAUCAAGUGAAUGGCAAGCGUGUUUUGGGGAGAAAGACAGCAUGGGGAGUUGUAGAAGUUGAAAACAUGAACCACUGCGAGUUUGCUCAAUUGAGAGACUUCCUAAUCAGGUCUCACUUACAGGACCUGAAGGAAGUGACUCAUAACAUUCACUAUGAAACUUAUCGUGCCAAGAGACUCCACGAGAAUGGAGGCCUGCAUCCCGUGUCCUCCAAUGACACCCAGGAGAGCAACUUGUAAUCGACGCUGAUAUGACACAGUACAUCUAUCUACAGUAUAGUAACAUUACUGGCAUGGCCGCAUGCUCAGAAAUCACUUCAGUAUGUACAUAUCUGUGUCAUUUACUGUUAUUUUUUUAUGAUCCCACACCCUGUUACUUUUCAAAGGAAUAGAAUAUUUGGGUGUCCCACCCAGAGUCAUGGUGCCAUGAUAUUGGAGACUGCCAAUGCCUUGUCAGUACUCAUAGGUUCGUUAAGUUGUGCAACGUUAUCAUGAUGAAUCUCAGAGCUAAUGUUAGUCAAUGCUAGGGAUGCUGCGAUCGGUCGACCACCCGUCAGUAUCGACCGAUUUCAUGUGAUUGGCAUAUUCCGAUAAAGGCCUUUUAAUGCCUAUCACAAAAUCCAAUCACCUCUAGCUCGUACCCUGUGUGCAGCCUAGUGUCUUGCAUGUCUUGGGUAGUGUCCCCCCCCCACUUUGCUUUCCACUGCACAGGGGUGCCAAACCCAAAACAAACAUGUCUGCCACAUGGAACUUACCUGUGAUUUGUGAGUUAUACAACGCGUGGACACUGCAAAACAUACCACGAAAAAUAUUGUUGAAGUUUCAAAGGUGCUGUAUGCUCUCUUGAAAAAGUAAUCAAAAUAUGUUUGUAUCUAAAAGGGGAUAUUAUGGGUCCCUUUUUCAUAUCAUAUAGCUAAUAGCAGGGGUGCAGCCAGGAAUUCUGGGACCUAUGGGGGGAAAAAAAAAAAAUCACGUUGGGUCCCUCUUUUUAUUUUGUAAUAAUGACCUCUAUUUUGGUCCUCCUCGCAAUCAGGGGACCUUGGAAUUAUCCUAACUUUCCCCCUUAUACAGCACCCCUGGGCAAUAGCUCUCAUCAUAAAAUGAAAAAUGUAUAGUUAAUCCAUGCGAUCGAUUUCACUCAUGAAUGAUCGUUAUCGGAAUCUGCCCUGAUCGGAGCAUCCCUAGUUAUUACUAUUCUUUCUUGUGUGUUUUGUGUUUUGUGCAAUGACAGAUGGACACAUUUUGAUCAGAAUUCAUUCAAGGAAAACUCUUUUUUUAAAUAUUUCCCAUGACAUGUCUUUCUCCUUUUUGUUUGUUCUAGACAGCCGCCUCGUGCUGGCAGUUUUUCCACUGACAAUGCAGGUAAUGCAGGAUUCACCUAUAUCACCUAUAAAGCCCUAAAAGAAAAAAAAACCAAAUCAUCCAAAACCCUCCAACAAUGCUCCAUUUACAUGCCGUGACCUGCAUAUUAACCAAGCUAUAGCGUCAUUGUAGUAGCUAACACAGAGGAAUUACUUUCCUGGCGUGACGCAGCGCCUUGCUCACAGCACCUCAGGCCACUACUGAGAGGUAACGCUAUCUACAGGACCUGCUGCUGCUUCUGUAUCGCCUUUGAGUUUGGAAAAGUUAAUGCUAGGUUAUCAUUUAUGUCUCACACGUGUGGAGUAGCAGUUGUGGCAAUAAGCUGAGAAGUCGGUCAACUUUGAAUUCCACACACUGCCAACUCAAAAUCCGACAACCUGGCUCUCAACUUAGGUUAUGUUCACACUGCAGGUUAUGAUGACCAAUUAUACAUUUAAAAAAUCGGAUUUGAACUAAAAAAUCAAAUUUUAAAAAAUGUGGUCGUUCACAUGACCGAGAAAAUGUGACUUGUCAAUGAGAACGCAAACCGUCCAGAAAGUGAAGUGCAUGCGCAAAAACGCAUCACACGCAUUUCCGUGUGUUUACAGAAGUAAAGAUUGCUGCAGUGUGUGUUCUCCUUAAUGCGUUUGUGGGAAUUUCAAGGAUUUUGAGCAACGGGAGUCAGUAUUUUCUUGACCGAAUCAUUCCGCAUAGGAGAUCAAGGAGAAGGAGACAAUCUGACGUCUGUUCCGAGGCGCGUGGAUGGCAGGAGUGGUGGGACGGUGAUGCGAGCCGCUUCACUGGCACUUUUUAAAUGUAAUUUUCGGAUGAAAAACUUUUGCCGACAUCAGUGAGUACCUUUAUCCAAGUCUUGCACAGUAAACCAUGCCAUUUAAUGACGUAUAUGCGACCUGACCAUUCAGAUUGCAGUAGAUCGUAACAUAACGGAACAGACAAUAACAGAUUUAUCUACAUACGAAAAAAGCCUGAGUCGCAUUUUUAAAAAAUUGGAAUUGUACUGUUCACACUGACAUGAAAAAAAUCAGUUACAGGUCACAUAUGAGAAAAAAAAAUGCAGUGUGAACGUAGUGAAUGUGACUCGCAAGAUGCUCGUUUGCUCUCUGUAGUUUUUACCUGAAGACUUAUGCUGAACUUACCAGUUCAAUAGGGACGAGUCUUGUGCUGAACGAUACGGCCAUCCCAUCAGUUGGCAUCUUAGUGAGAGCGGACAUUGUGGUAGUGAAAAUGACAGUUUGUCUCACUGUUUUUAUUACAUCGUCAAUGUAAAUUUUAUUAUGUUCUUAUUUUGUCAAUUAAACAUUUAGCAUUUUACCAUUUGUGGCAAGUGGCACAUUCUAAAAAAAAAGGCAAAAAUUGAAAAAAAUCAGCAGUAAUUUUACAAGGAUAAAUUCAAAAUAUUCUGAUGAAAGAAAUGUAAUCUAACGAGAAAAAGUCAUAAUCAAAGGUUAAAUAUUAAAGAAAAAACUUGGUUUUUUUAAAAAUAAAAAUAAAAGUUCUCAGAAAUAGGUUUGGGGCGUGGUCAGAACUCCAAAAUGCAGACACCAAUGCAGUUUGAUACUCGAGUACAUGAAUAGAGGUAGGAAUCUUCAGAGGGCAUUGCAGGGAUGGCUGGGCAGCGAACAAAGCAGCAGUUUCAGGCAGGGAAGAAAGGGAAUCCCAGUGCAAAAAGUGCACGAAAAGCAGAAGGUCAAAAGGAAUGGCAAGAAACAAUCUAGCAUUGAAGAGAGACAGUGUUUUGAGUUUACAAUGCACAUGGGCCUUUAAGGGACGCCAUCAAAGAUGAUGCGGUGAUAAUGCCACAUCAGGGCCUUCAAAUGAGUUAUACAACAUGGCGCUGCAAUAAAGGAGUGAAAGGUAUGCAAGGGAUCUUGACAGUAACCCCAACCCCUCUGGGUGGGACCGGGAUGCGGCGUUUGUCUGCCAGCAUCCUCUGAUGUCCUGUUCAUGGCUGCGCAGGCUUGUUUCCAGACCCACCUGGUUUGUUUAAGAUGGGCCUGCACUGAGGGUACAUGAAGUUCGAACUCCUCAAAGGGGGACAUACCCGGUGCUGAGUUGGUCAUAGAAUUGUGUGUGUACUCAAUCCAAACUAAGUGUUCAACCCCGGUGGUAGGACUGAUUUGAGUGAAGGUUUGACUAAUUCCUGGUUGGCUUUCUCACAGGCUUGGGCCGGUUACCGGUUCUAAGGUAUAGACUGUCAUACCGUCCUUUGUUAUUAAAGUGGAGGUCCAGGCAGCCACUAUGUGGAAAUACUUUUGUCAUAUGCUGUGGUAUUCCUCGCAGUUGGAACUGGGCCUAGAUGUGCCAAAACCAUGAGCUGUGUUGCCAAAAGUCGGAAAUUGAACCGUCGCGACAUACCUACCAGUGACAUCAGAUGCCUCAUUAACAUCAAGCGGCGCCGGUGUGACAAGAUUUAGUGUGUAUUUCACAUGACUUUGCAGCUAUCUAAUUAAUCUGUAAGCGCAUAACCCUAUUUAGGCACAUUUUUGACAAUGUAAUGCGAAUACAAUAACCUAAUAGGUCGCAAAUGUCGUUUAAUCGCUUAUAGUGUAAACAAACACGUUUUGACACUCCACAUUGCAGCUUAAAACGUAUAGUCAAUUAUUAAAUACACUAAUAUAGCAUUAAGUGAAAACAUUGUACUCAUGUGAAAGAUUCCUUCAAAGGGAUGCGCAUUUAGAAGAUUUACUCCGUUUACAGCAGGUUUCCUUGUCAUACGCAUGUGCAGUAGCGCUAGGUCACAGAACUCGAAGGCACGUGUCGUCAUUCCAUCAGUAUUGCCGCGCUGUUGUCGACAUAUUACUCACAUUGAGGGUCACCAAAUGUGGAGCUGGGAUGCAGAACGAGACAGAAGCUGAGGAUAAGUGGUUUAAACCUUUUACUCUCAGUUGAACAACAACUUAGCAACAGUUGCAAACGACAGUCACAUGACCUGGACACGGGAGACCAAAUUAAUACAAAUUCAACAAAUAUACAAUCCAACAAUUCCAACACUUGUGGAUUCACCACGCUAUGAAAUAACGUUAACACUACAAGUUAUUCCAAGUGGAAUAAAUUCAUUUAUUUUAAAUACGUAUGUUCCACUUUCACCAUGUUUGGUUACAUUGUUUAAAAAUGGCUGGUCAACAUUAAAGUUUUUUUCUUUUUUCAAUAAAGAUAUAAAAAAAAACACAUUUUAGAGCUGUAAUUAUAAUAACGUGAUGUUUUUGCUCAAGGUUAUACCGUCAGAAUCUCAUACCGACCCAUGCCUACUCUCUCAUAGUCAUUAUGACUGUGGAUACUAUCCUGACAUGAGACUGGAAUUAGCUCUUAGUGUGAGCAAAAGACAAGCGUUUAUGGACUACUUGAAUAGGGGUGGGGGGGAAUCCUCGGUGGGCAGUGCAGGGAGGGCUAGGCAGCAAACGAAGCAGCGGGGUCAGGCCGUAAAGAAGGGGAAUCCAUGGCAAAAAGUGCAUGAAAGCAACGGGAGUGGCAAAAAACAUGAAGCAAUCUUACUUGAACAUUGAAGAGAGCUGGGUUGCCACUAGAGCAGUGGCUGUCAACUGGUUUGGCUGCGGGACAUACCAUCACCUUUCAAUGACAAGCGGCGACCCAAAUUGCCAAAAUUUUAAAACGUAAACUUCUCAAAUAUGUUAUUUAAUACAUUAUUUAUGUAAAUUGGAAAUGCAAAAAGACUGUUACUACGGCUGUCGCGAGGGCGCUAAGGUUUGAACAUGUUGCAAGCAUUAAAUCCCACACGCUUCCUGCUUUGAGCUGCACCCAAGCUAACAGCCAGUUGCAAACAGGCCCUUUGAUGAGACAUUAAGUGGGUCAGUUUAAUAAUAAUAGGAGGACCAUGUCUCAUGUAGACCACCCUCUGCCUAGGCCAGUUGAUCGAAUUGGGCGUGAAACAGUACCGUCAUACUGUCCCAGGUAGUCUUCAUUGUGGGCAGAAUUUUCCCAUUUAACACAAAGUCAGCUUUUGCUUUAUGCCGCUUUGUUCUCCAGUAGAUAUCUAGCUGUGUGUCGGACAUAGCGUCCACAUUUCAUGUUCUUCCUCUCCAGCUCAAGCUUGACCAAGUCGCCCAUAAACAUGGCACGCACCUCUUCGUGGCGUAGCAAGUGAAUAGCAUGGACACAAGGUGCGUUCACCGACAUCAAGUCAUUACACUGUUGUUUGGCAAAGAACCCCCUGCGACCCACCAGUUGACAAUUACUGCACUAGCGAGUUGAUAGCAAUCUGGUGAUGUUUCCUCCCCUGGGGGGGCCUAUAAGGGAUGCCUUCAAAGAUGAUGCGCCGAUGAUUCCACAUCAGGGCCUUCAAAGGAGUUAUACAACAGGGCGCUGCAAUAAAGGAAUGAAUGGUAGGCGAGCGGAGGCGGGGGAGAAGGGAUGUGUGUGGGGGGGAUCCUGACAAAGUAGUAUGAGAAUCAAAACAAUGAAUGAAGUUGUAAUUUUUGGAAAAUUAGGCCGCGGAAGAAGUUAAGUCAUGAGAAUGAAGUCAAAAUAUGGGAAUAAAGUCAUAAUUAUGAGAAGAAAAUUUACAAGAAGUUUAAAUAGUUGAAAAGAAAAGGAAGAAACAGCUGUAAUUCUAAGAAAAUAAAGGCAAAAUAUUAAGAGAAAAAAGUCAACUCUAACAGGGAAAAAAGUUGCAAUUUUACCAGAAUAAACUCGUAAUGUGAGGAAUGUCAUUUCGGUAGCAUAGAGUUGAAAUAUAGAAAAAAAUACGUUUUUUAAAAGUUGUAAAAAUUAAAAAAGUUGAAAUCGAGUCUGACUUGAGUUAAGUCCACACCUCUGGCAAACAGAAUCUAUGCUGCUGUUGACGGAAGUAACGUUAGUAACGUUAGUUGCUAUGUGCUCUGUGACGUCAGUGCACCCAGGAAAGAAGUUUUGGCAAUGCUUAAAAUGACCAAAACACUCUAUUACAUGUUAUGAUGAAUGUGCCUAUUCCAACAUGGUUACAGCAUGGAUACAAACGGUUGUUGGUUUUUUGAGGGCUUUAUCGGCGGAAUAGGUGAAAAACUGCCAGCAUCAGGCGGCUAUCGAGAACGCACAGAAAAGGGAAAGACGUGCGUUCUUGUCUCACAUCGGGAUUGUGGAUGAUGCGCAACAUUAAAAAAAAAGUGCCGUUUUCCUUUAAAGUGGCGAUGAUUUCUUCAGUUGUGCAUUCUAAAUUGUUUUUUGAUUUCUGCCUGUAACUGAUUCUUUUGAAGAAAUGUGUUUGUCCUUUGGUAUUUUAGCAGAAAUUACCAGUAUAGUGACACCCUGGUAAUGCUUUUUAAAAUGGACAUACUCCUCUCCACCACUUGGUGGCGGCACUUUUCCAGAUAAUGUCUGCGUCCUCUUUCUACAAGAUAAGAAUCAUUGAUGCAUUUUUAUGUUUACUGUUAUACAGUGGGCUGUAGUGAACAAAUAUGCCAAAAACUACAUGCAAUUUUACUGAUCAGGUUAUUUUUGUGUGUGUGAGAAUUGUGCAUUUGUGUGAUUUAAAUUUAUGAUGUGAUGUCUGACGCCAAGUAGAAAAGUGGUACUUUGUGAUUUUUAGUGGAAGUAGAAGAAACAGUGUUACAGCCAUUCUUUUUCUGCUCUGUUUACAUGUGCACGCUUGAAUCCACAAAAUUUCAUUUGCAGCUUAUCAACCUUUUUAUUUGAAAUCAGUGAUAUUUAUUUCCACAUAUUUAUUACAAAGUAAAACGCUGCUGUCUCAAGAUAGACAGAAGACUCGGCCAUUUCUUUUUGACUUAUUUAGCCACUUUCUCAACGUUGCUGUGAAACAUUGAGGUAUAGUUUCUUACAGUAUGAAUUUCAAAAAUGACCUGUCUUUAUUGCCAUGUAUUCCUAAUUUAAUAAAUGCACAUUGCCAUAGACAUUUUCUUUUCUUUUAUUUUUAUUUGUCAGUAAGUGUGAAUGUCUCACCAGACCACAUUUAUUUCCUUGUUGGAAACCCGACCUUAAAUGUAACUAACUUGAAAUGUCUGUUAGUGGCGGCUACGUGUCAAGGAGGAUUGGAAGUGGAUUGUAAUUCUUCAUGUUAAUUAAGUCCAUCUUUCUUGCAAUAUUGUGUUGGAGUGUCACAAGAUUUUGUGUCAGGAGAGCGCACAAGAUUAAAACACGACAUUAUUUCUUAGAGAAAAGCCGUCUGGUGAGAAGAGAGCAGCCAUCUAACAUCUAUGGCAUCACUACUGUGAAUGAUAAUUCACGUGAUAUGGAAGUGGCAGUGCACGAGGCAGGAUUGGAACCAUACAUUAAGUGCUUUACAAACACUAUAAACCUUGCAAUCCUACCUGCACUCGUGGUUCCCAGCGUCACUUGUUCGCGGACUUGUGGCUGUUUUUGUCAUUCAACAGCUGCCGCCGUGUUGAUGUCCAAGCAGAAGCUACGGUAAUUCCAAAUUUGAUCAAAUUUGGGACAGUUUGGAUUUUUUGACAUGAAGUUGUAAGACAUCCCCAUCAGC